AUGAGUAACAUCCUGUUCCCUUCGUGGGGUGAUCAACAGAGCCUCUUCAGAUUAUCGUGCGCUGAUGCAGACACGUGUAAUGAGUUGUCCAGUGUGGACAAUUCAGCAGCCCAAAUUCAACGAGGUGACUCUGAACUGGGCACCAAGAAAAUGGCCAUCCCGCGACUAGCGGAAGGCGCCGAAUCUGCCUUCACUUCUCCUGGCAGGUUUCAUCGGCGGCAUGUCCGUCGAGCAUGCGAAUCUUGCAGACAACGUAAGACGAAAUGCACCGGAGAUAAGUCCGGAUGCCGCAAUUGCCGAGAGGCUGGAAUCAUAUGCUGUUAUACCGAUGGCAAACGGGAGAAGUCCAAGCGACAGUUGGCUAGCUUAUCCGCAAAGGUGCAAGCAUACGAAGAUGUCAUUAGCAAGCUAAGCAAUCGUUUCGGCGUGUCUGACGAGCAACUUGUGAACAUUGCCCUCGCAGCGGAAUCGGCCCCUGAUUUGACUCUCAAUCCAGAAGCAUGUCUUGCAACAGCUAGUGAGCGAAGAAUCUCGUGGAAUGCUGGUUCUGAGCCACCUCCUUCCCGUGCAUCAUCUGUUACGCCACUGGAAUCAGGCGAUCAGACAGAGGAGGACUUCAACAGAGAUGAAACCGCCCGAGCAACAGGAUUCAUUGGAAAAAGCUCCGAGAUCACUUGGCUCCAAAGACUAAGCAAAGAGGUCAGCAAUGAAUGUGAAGCCUGGCCUGCAACUCUUCCCAACACAGAUGACGAUAACGGUUUGCCCUCUCCGACUCUAACGCCUCGACCGGAGAAUUCAAGUGAGCCAUGGGUAGUGGCUUCGAACUAUUACCUUGAUGAUCUAGAUAUCCCAACUGCAGAUCAGAAUGAUAUGUACGGAGUUCCAUCGCGGGAGAUGGCAAGCAAAAUGCUCAAUGCCUAUUUGACUUCGGUACAUCCCUCGCUCCCGAUCAUUGGGGUCUCAACAUUUGUUUCCCAAUUUCAAGUCUUUUUCAGUCAGCCUUCCCUCAAGCCAGGAAACAAGUGGCUCGCUAUCCUGAACCUGAUUUUCGCUAUCGCGGCAAAAUAUGGGCAAUUGACGAACUCAGACUGGAAAGAAGAGGAUGAUGACCAUCAAACGUACUUUUCAAGAGCGCGGGCCUUGAGCUUGGAGGAUCAGAUUCUUCAUCAUCCUGAUCUGCAGCAAUUGCAAGUUGAAGGACUUACCUCAUUCUAUCUAACUGCGUCGGGGCAUAUCAAUCGAGCAUGGAAGCUAUCGGGAAGUGCAGUCCGAGGAGCAAUGGCUCUUGGAUUACAUCUGCGCAAUGUGGGUGCGAGCAUAUCAGAUACUUCUAAGGAGAUACGCUACCGCGUGUGGUGGUCAUUGUACACAUUGGAGCAUCUACUUACCAUCAUGACUGGCCGUCCCUCGUGUGUCAUCGACAGCUCUUGCACUACCCCAAUGCCUGUUCCAUUUGAUGAGGGCGAUUUCCAAAAGGACGAGGUGACUCGAAUGAUAGGCACGGCUGUACUUCGUACAUCCAGUCAUUCCGAGCGGGUCCCCGCAAAAGGCACGACAGAGGAUUUAGAGUCAACGGCUGAUUCUGAUACAAAUGAUGCGCCUAACGAGAGCAAUACAAGAAUGAGCCGAGUCGAGUACCUCAAAAGUCUUCCGCCUUGCACUUCACUCUACUUCUUACAGUUGGCAUCUUUGACCAGCAUCUCCAAGCGGAUGACUGUCAAACUCUAUAGCCCUGAAGCGCUGCAGUCUCCAUGGGCAAGCACUGAAUUCACCAUCAAAAGCCUCAUGCUUGAAAUCGACUCAUGGUUUAUGAACCUCCCCGCGGCAUACGACUUUACCUCGACACAGACAUCCCAAUGCCCUAUUAGCCAACGGAUGGGUCUGGCCUUCAUGUUUUACAGCACCAAAAUUGGAAUCACCCGACCAUGUCUAUGUCGACUAGAUCAGCCAUCCUCCGAGGAUGACAAGACUUACGAGUUCUGCAACAAGACCGCCGCGGAAUGUGUCGAGGCUGCGUGCCACAUGCUUACACUUUUCCCAGACACCCCAGACGCAGUACUGCUAUACCGCAUGUCGCCAUGGUGGUGCACACUACACUACCUGAUGCAGGCAGUCACUAUUCUUCUCCUCGAGCUGGCAUUCCGGGCCCAGCACGUCCCGGAAAAAGCAAUGAUGGUUUCCAAGGCCGCGAAGAAAGCCCUGGAUUGGCUCUCGACGCUAUCAAAAACCAAUAUGGCGUCUGAAAGGGCCUGGAAGCUCUGCGACGGAUUCCUCCGCCGUCUAGCACCCCACAUCGGAAUCAACGUGAAUGAUUUCCCCAGCACCGAGGAUUCAGACUCUCUCUUCGAUGUUCCUGACACCACAGACUCAACGGAGGAACCAGCGGCGGAUGAUGUGACAUUCGACCCGUCCGCGACUAUGCCUGCAGAUGUAGCAGUUGAUGCCAUUUCCGCGGAACUGGACUCAAUCGCCUGUUCCCCGAUGGAUCAAUCCGACACCACUCCUAUUGGCAUGCAAGAUCCCUACAAUCUUGAGGCACCGGAUCUACUCGACCAAUUCAUCAAACAAGAAAAGGAUCUCCCUAGUCGCAGCUCCUAUGACGAGUGUUUCCCCUAUGAUCCAGCCACCGGCCAGAUCACAGGUUCCUUCUUCCCCUCCGGUCCGAAUAUGGAUCUUGAUAUGGGGUAUUUCUGGGGCGAUCCGGUGUGUUAA